AGAAGAGCCUGGAUUUGGCGGGAGUCUUGACCCCUGCCCUGUUCUUGCUGUCCCAGUGCAAGUGCUGGCCGUCCGACCUCCGAGGCUAUGUUCGUGUCCGAUUUUCGCAAAGAGUUCUACGAGCUGGUCCAGAGCCAGAGAGUCCUACUCUUUGUGGCCUCGGACGUGGACGCUCUGUGUGCUUGCAAAAUCCUUCAGGCUCUGUUUCAGUGUGAUCACGUGCAGUACACACUCGUUCCAGUUUCUGGGUGGCAAGAACUUGAAACUGCAUAUCUUGAGCAUAAAGAACAGUUCCGCUAUUUUAUUCUUAUCAACUGUGGAGCUAAUGUAGAUCUACUGGAUAUCCUUCAACCUGAUGAAGAUACUAUAUUCUUUGUGUGUGAUACUCACAGGCCAGUCAAUGUUGUGAAUGUGUACAAUGACACCCAGAUCAAAUUACUCAUUAAACAAGAUGAUGACCUUGAAGUUCCUGCCUAUGAAGACCUCUUUAAGGAUGAAGAGGAAGAUGAAGAGCACUUGGAAAACGACAGUGAUGGGUCAGAGCCUUCUGAGAAGCGCACACGGUUAGAAGAGGAGAUAGUGGAGCAAACCAGGAAAAGGAGGGAGCAGAGAGAAUGGCAGGCCCGGAGGCGAGAUAUCCUCUUUGACUAUGAGCAGUAUGAAUAUCAUGGAACUUCUUCAGCCAUGGUGAUGUUUGACCUGGCAUGGAUGCUGUCCAAGGACCUGAACGACAUGCUGUGGUGGGCCAUCGUUGGACUGACGGACCAGUGGGUGCAAGACAGGAUCACCCAAAUGAAGUAUGUGACUGAUGUUGGCGUCCUGCAGCGCCACGUGUCCCGGCACAGCCACCGGAACGAAGACGGGGAGAACACCCUCUCUGUGGACUGCACACGGAUCUCCUUUGAGUAUGACCUCUGCCUGGCUCUCUACCACCACUGGUCCCUCUAUGACAGUCUGUGCAAUACCGGCUACACCUCAGCCAGGUUCAAGCUCUGGUCCGUGCAUGGGCAGAAGCGGCUUCAGGAGUUUCUUGCAGACAUGGGGCUUCCCCUGAAACAGGUGAAGCAGAAGUUUCAGUCUAUGGACAUCUCUUUGAAGGAGAAUUUGCGGGAAAUGAUUGAAGAGUCUGCAAAUAAAUUUGGGAUGAAGGACGUGCGUGUACAGACGUUCAGCAUCCAUUUUGGUUUUAAGCACAAGUUCCUGGCCAGUGACGUGGUCCUCGCCACCAUGUCUCUCAUGGAAAGCCCUGGGAAGGACGUCUCCGGGAUGGACCCCUUCAUACAGGCCCUGGACAGUCUCUCCAGGAGUAACCUGGACAAGCUGUACCUGGGCCUGGAACUUGCCAAGAAGCACCUGCAGGCCACCCGGCACAUCAUUGCCAGCUGCCUCUGCACCAACCUUGUCAUCUCCCAGGGGCCGUUCCUCUACUGCUCCCUCACGGAGGCCACUCCGGAUGUUGUGCUGUUCUCCAAGCCAGUGUCCCUGAGUCUGCUCAGCAAACAGCUGCUCAAGUCCUUUGUGUUUGCGGUGAGGAACCACGCGGGUGGGGCGUGGCUGCAGGAGGGCAGAUGCUCUACAAAGAACCGACGCUGCAAGCUGCUGCCCCUGGUGAUGGCUGCCCCCCUGAGUGUGGAGCAGGGCACAGUGACCAUGGUGGGCGUUCCCCCAGAGACUGACAGCUCAGACAGAAAGAACUUUUUCGGACGUGCGUUUGAGAAGGCGGCGGAAAGCACCAACUCUCGGAUGCUGCACAACCACUUUGACCUGUCAGUAAUCGAGCUGAAAGCCGAGGAUCGGAGCAAGUUCCUUGAUGCUCUCGUCUCCUUGCUGUGCUGAGGAAUUUUAUUUCUUCAGAAAUGACUUCCUUCCCCCUUAUUUAUAUUACCCGGCUUUUAUUUCGAUUGUAAGUUAUGAGC